GCUAUUUUUAGAUUAGUUAUUACUACCCCUUUAUCAUUCUGUUCUUUGAAUUGGUUUGAUUUAAGUCUUGUCUUGUGAUGAAAUUGACGUGAUAACUAUCUUUCUUAUCAGACUUCAGAGAUAAGUUUUAAGUGUAUUGGGAAUUCUAACUAUCCAAAGUUCCUUUCACAAUAAAUUCAACCUUUUCAUACUAUGUUUGAUGUGAAUUGGAUCUAUCUUCUCUCCCUAUAUUUCACUCAUAUUCUUCUCUUCUUUCUCUCACUGUAAUAUCUCUUUCUUUCUGUCCUCAUUUCAUCCCCUUUACUUUCUCCCCUCUCCCUUUUGGUACACCAACCUAGCUUUGGCCCCGUUAGACCAGAAUAUAACUUCUAAAGGCACAAAUGUUUUCUAUAAAUCAGUGCCAGAGAGAAGGAAAACAGAUGGAAAAAAUUGAAGACAAAAAAACAAGUAAUGUAUAAACGGUGUGAAAGGAAUGGAAAACCUAACCACAUAGGCAAUACAUCUCAUGUCAAGAACCAAAUACAAGUAAAGAGAUACAGAUAAGUGCUAGGCAUUAUACAAGAGAUCAACUUAAUGCACACCUUACUACACUAAUUGGGGCCAGCUAUGGUUAUACACCUGAUAUGGAUCGCAUCGGACAGUCCUCUCAAUCGGGAUGGAUGAAUCAGGUUGGAACAUCCUCAGCCUAUCCAAUUACUCAAAACGAUGGUCCUUCCUCAAGUUUCGGUGCAGUUGAUUCCUAUUGGGAGAAUAUCGUGGUUGCACCAAAUUAUAGGCAAAGACCUGCUAUGGAUAGUCCGAAUUAUCCGAAUUAUAUAGUGACAUCAUCGAGUGAUAGUGAGGAAAUACCUAAUGCGGAGGAAAGUGAAGAUGAAGAAAGUGACGAUGAGGUUCAGGCUGGAACUAAUCCUCAAUAUCAACUAGAACUGUUGCAAGACAUGAUGAACAGUUCGGCACAGCAGGAAGAACUGAAUUCACAGCACCUAUUUGAACAGCAAGAGUCGACCCCGGUUCAGCCGCAAAGCCAAUUUCGACAGCAAGAGUCGACCCCAGUUCAGCCGCAAAGUCAAUUUUAAUAGCAAGAGUCGACCCCGGUUCAGUGGCAUUCUGAUGAGAUCCCUAUCUUGAUCAUCUUCAAGAUCGCCCAGAUGCCUUUGUCUUUACUAGGGAUGAUGAUCAUAUUCGGCAAAGUUUGUGAAAAUAGCCAGUGGAUCUUGUAAAACAAAAGGCUCGUAUUGAAAAAGGCAUGAUUUUCAACUCGAAAAAAUCAUUGCGAAGGGUUGUUAAUACUUAUUGCAUACAGGCGAUGAGGGAGUUCAAAGUUAACGAUUCCACACAAAAACUUUGGUGAUUGGUCUGCAAGCCAAAAUAUCAAGGUUGCGAAUGGAUGCUUCGCGGUAAGGAGACUGCUGAAAAGAUGUGGACUAUUUCAAUGUUCUACACAAAACACACUUGUGAUAUAGGUGACCUCAAAGAUGAUCAUUGCAAUCUAGAUACUAAUAUGUUUGUUCGUGUGUUAGUUGGCGACAUUGGAAAAAGCCCAAGGUAUCCCCUUCGCCUAAGUUUAUUUUAAUUUUGAUGUUAAUACGAUGUUCCUCGUUGCUAUAUAUUGAUUUCAACUUAUUCAGGUUCCCUAUUAAA